UAAAUACAUUUCCAAAUUACAUAGAAAAAUUAGCUGGAACUUCAACUUCUCCUGUGCUCAUUUCUCACUCCAUUUUGAAGAAACAAUGGCCACCAUUUCCGCCAGUGCCCCAACUUCGUCAAUCACCCGAGCCACCCUUGUUCACAAGCCUCACACUGGAGCUUCUGCAUCACCUGUUCUUGGGUUGCCAAGAAUGGCAAUGAAGGGGAAAUUGAGAUGUUCCAUGGAGGGAAAGCAAGAAGACAAGUCAAGCUUGGGAAUGAGCGCAUCGCUGUUGGCAGCGGCCUGCACGGCCACCUUGUCAAACCCAGCCAUGGCUCUGGUGGAUGACAGGAUGAGCACUGAAGGAACAGGUCUUCCAUUUGGUUUGAGCAACAAUCUUCUUGGUUGGAUUCUUUUGGGUGUGUUUGGUCUUAUUUGGGCUCUUUACUUUGCUUACACUGCCACUCUUGAUGAAGAUGAGGAGUCUGGAUUGUCCCUUUAAAUCCAAGCCAAACCAAACCCUCAUUGUAGAAAUGUAAAGAGUUUGGCCAUUAAUCCCGUGUUGUAGUAAAAACUACUUUUUCUGUGGCUUGUUUCUUCCCUCUUUUUAAUGUCAUUUCUUCUUCUUGCUUAAUUUCAUUUGCUUCAAUGAUUUGUUCAUGGAAUCAAUUAUUAUUAUCGUUUAUA